UCUGCGCGCGCGGGUGUGUGGCGGGGGCGGGCACUGCGCCCGGGGGGCAGGGCUCCGCAGCGAGAGUGGCAGCUGGACUUGCGAUGCUGCGAGGGACAGGGUGCAGAGCCGCAGUGCCGUAGCGGGUAGCAGAGGCAGCCUUCCCUUCCAGCAGCGAAGGCGGAAGACCCCGGGGCGCCAACCCUGGUGGCUGCCUGAUGUCUCCGCCCCAGAGAGGGCUGCACCGGGAGAUCGCCCGGGCGCCCGCUUCGGUCCCCUUCUGUCUCUCGGUUCCUCUUUCCUCCCAAGUAAGGGAAUAAGCGGCUAGGAGGGAGCGCCCCCGGCAAGCGCGCAACCAAGUGUUGCAUGGUGAGGAAUUGCCAGCAUUUCAGGAUUGGCUGGACCGCAGCAGGAAUGUUACCUGAGGAGUAGCGGAAGUCCUUCGCCAGCUGCCGAGAGGUGUGGCCCUGAGCUGGGCCCCCCCCCCCCGCUUCUCGCUGGUGACCAGAACUCCAUCUGUGUCUCAAGGCAAUCACACUCGGCUGAAAGAUGAGCGAAGAACAAUGGGUCUCUCUCUCAUCAGAAGAAUUUGAUCAACUCCAGAAAUACUCUGAAUAUUCCUCCAAAAAGAUAAAAGAUGUAUUGGCUGAGUUUAAUGAAGGUGGAAGCCUCAGGCAGUAUGACCCACACAAGCCCAUUAGCUAUGAUGUCUUCAAGCUGUUCAUGAGGGCAUACCUGGAGGUGGACCUUCCUCAGCCACUGAGCACACACCUCUUCCUGGCCUUCAGCCAGAAGCCCAGACAAGAGACACCUGACCAUCCAAAGGAGGGGGCCAGCAGUAGUGAGCCCAAUGUCUCAGAUUAUAAUUCGGAUAAUGCUGCCAAAGCAGAUGAGGCCUGUGCUCCAGACACUGAAUCAAAAACAACUAAGACACAAGCACCAUCUAAAGAACUAGAGGCUGCAGCCCCAUGGGAAGACCCAGGUGCUCUGGCUUCAAGCUCAGAUGCUCCCGUAGUGUACCUGAAGGAUGUCGUGUGUUACUUGUCCCUGAUGGAGACCGGGCGACCUCAGGAUAAGCUAGAAUUCAUGUUUCGUCUCUAUGAUUCGGAUGAAAAUGGACUCCUGGACCAAGCGGAGAUGGAUCAGAUUGUGAGCCAAAUGCUGCACGUUGCCCAGUACCUGGAAUGGGAUCCCACAGAGCUCAGACCUGAAAGAUGCUUAAGGCAGCAGGACGAAGUCUACACAUGGCAGAAACUGCAGUUCCCCAGCCUACCCAGCAGGGGCAACUCUAUGAUAGAAACUCAGAGAACAGAGAAGCUAGAGCCCAGCGUAGAGGAGUUAUCAAUGAUACUGAAGGAGAUGCUGCAAGGCAUGGACUAUGACAAGGAUGGCUUCGUGUCUCUACAGGAGUGGAUCAACGGGGGAAUGACCACCAUCCCUUUGCUGGUCCUCCUGGGAAUGGAUGACUCUGGCUCCAAGGGCGAUGGGAGGCAUGCCUGGACCCUGAAGCACUUCAAGAAGCCCACUUACUGCAACUUCUGCCGCGCCAUGCUGAUGGGUGUUGGGAAGCAAGGCCUGUGCUGCAUCUACUGUAAAUAUACAGUCCACCAACGCUGUGUAUCCAAAACCAUUCAUGGAUGUGUGAAAACAAACUCCAAAGCCAAAAGGAGUGGCGAGGUGAUGCAGCAUGCGUGGGUGGAAGGGAACUCCUCCGUCAAGUGUGACCGGUGCCACAAAAGUAUCAAGUGCUACCAGAGUGUCACCGCGCGGCACUGCGUGUGGUGCCGGAUGACGUUUCACCGCAAAUGUGAAUUAUCGACAGUGUGCGACGGUGGGGAACUCAAAGACCACAUUUUGCUGCCUACCUCCAUAUGCCCCGUCUCCGGAGACCGGCAAGGAGGGAAGUCCGAUGGCAGUGUGGCCGCCAAGGGUGAACUUGUAACUCAGUAUAAGAUCAUCCCUAGCCCGGGGACGCAUCCCCUGCUGGUCCUGGUGAACCCCAAGAGUGGAGGAAGACAAGGAGAAAGAAUUCUUCGGAAAUUUCACUACCUGCUCAACCCCGAACAAGUUUUCAACCUGGACAAUGGGGGACCUACACCAGGAUUGAACUUCUUUCAUGAUACCCCAGACUUCCGUGUUCUUGCCUGUGGCGGAGAUGGGACCGUUGGCUGGAUUUUGGAUUGCAUUGAUAAGGCUAACUUCACAAAGCACCCACCGGUGGCUGUCCUGCCUCUUGGAACAGGGAAUGACCUCGCACGAUGCCUCCGCUGGGGAGGAGGUUACGAAGGGGGCAGCUUGACCAAAAUCCUGAAGGAAAUUGAACAGAGCCCCUUGGUGAUGCUGGACCGUUGGUACCUAGAGGUCAUGCCCAGGGAAGAGGUGGAGAAUGGAGACCAAGUCCCAUACAACAUCAUGAACAACUAUUUCUCCAUUGGUGUGGAUGCUUCAAUUGCACACAGAUUCCAUAUGAUGAGAGAGAAACACCCUGAAAAAUUCAACAGCAGGAUGAAGAACAAGCUGUGGUAUUUCGAAUUUGGUACCUCGGAAACCUUUGCAGCCACCUGCAAGAAACUCCAUGACCACAUAGAGCUGGAGUGUGACGGAGUUGAGGUGGAUCUGAGCAACAUCUUCCUGGAAGGCAUCGCCAUUCUUAAUAUUCCCAGCAUGUACGGAGGCACCAAUCUCUGGGGAGAAACCAAGAAGAACCGGGCUGUGAUCCGGGAAAGCAGGAAGAGCGUCACAGACCCAAAGGAGCUGAAAUGCUGUGUCCAAGCAUGCAAGUAGGGGUCUGGUUUGGACACUUCUGUCUUCAGCAUGCACCCACAAUGAGAAAGAGCAAAGUGAGCUACUGCAGACGUCAGCCUUGACCCAACACAGAAAGCUGAACAAGCAACUGGACCUACUACCAGCUUCCUCCCUAGGCUUCUCGGAUCCCAGAGACAGAGUUAGGGAUUAUGAGUUCUGAAGCCCUGCUAUCUGUCCCCAAGUAUCAGAGUCUAAGAAAUAAGGGGCUGGACAGGUGGCUCAGAAAUUAAGAGUAGAUAAUGAUGCUCUCUCAGAGGACCCGAGUUCAAUUCCCAGGACUCAUAUCAAGUCGGAACCACCUGUAACUCCAGUUCCAGGAGACUUGACGCCUCUAGCCUCUGCAGGCUCCAGUACUCAUCCCCACACAGAUACAGACACAGACUUUAAAAUAAUAAGAAAAUAAAAUUUAUAAAAAAUGAAAAACAUUCGAUAAAUGAGAAGCACCUAGCAUCAGUUUUCAUUAAUAUUGGUAAUAAGAAUGGUCAGAAGUAACCUCUAUUUUUUCUUACAUUCUAUUGUAGCUUGCAAGUGAUUCUAUAUGAACUAAUAUAAUCCUAACCCAAAACCCACGAAAAAAAGAUUAUGUACCUAGCCAAAUGAGCCUACUUCAUAGUUGGGGUGGGGGAACCCAAUGAGUUUAUGCCCAGAAGUAGCGUCGGAACCAAAACUUGUGUCUAUGAUUACAAAUGAGUCCCUCGAGGAUAGUGUCCAUCUAGAAAAUAUACUGGAGAGACUUCUGUGCAUGUUGUUCAAGCCAGGCUGUCACAACGUGGGCGACAUGUAGGUAUAGUCCAAGCAGAGGAUCCAAUCCACUUGAUAACACUCUGCUCAUCCAUCCCUGCUAAUGAUACCAGCCUCUAGAGCCCCCAACAGAGAGAGCAGCUUUGAACUCCCUGGGCACUGGGCUCUCCAUCUCAGCAGAACACUGGCUGUAGAUUGCCCUGAAUCGUGGGUUGCUCACCCUUAUCAUCUCUUUCCCUGUCUCUCCUGGAAAGCAAGGGUGGGGGCAUAAGUUCCACAGUGAGCCUUUCUUUACUGCUCUGGUGUCAAGCUGUGUGAGCCUGGAAGAGUGAGGCGUAAAAUGUGAGGUGGGCUGAACUCUCCUGAAACAGCCAACCUUAGAGCCUCAGACAGUUCUUACCCUGAGGGUGAAGAAAGGUCACCUGAGUAAAGCCCUCAGGGGUUCAAGCUGUACAUAACCACAAGGACAAACUGCAGAAACCUGUUUUCCCAUAGAGGAACACAAGUAACAACAGCUGGGGUGAACUCACUCCUGUCCACUGCGCCUGGGAAAGAGCAGGAAAACACAUUCCAAGAGCAGUUGUGUUUCGAAGAACCUGUCACCAGACUCUGGUUGUCUUGGAGUGUUCUCCCAAACGAUCAGACUUCUCACACAACUCCGAUAGUGGACUGUGUUCUGACAACCUUUCUGUCCCUUUCACAGCCCACUACCCAGGAGGGUGUGGAGUGUUCUACAGAAAGGGUUUCUGUAAGGAGAGAAGAGAAAUCCUGCCUUCAGUGGACACAGCAGAUAAUAGAUUCUGCGGGACAGGAUCAGGCACAAGUAAAAUUGAUAAGAGAAAAAGUCUUAGAAAGUGUUAUAUGAGAACAUGGGAACUGUUGAACGUUCAUUUGAGAAGAGAGACGUGCUGGCCAUCUUUAAAUAAGUCAUCCAGAUGCCGCUUAGAGAACUUGUAGCUGAGAGUCUGUGUGGAGUGAAGAGAUACCCCAAAGGAGAAUUAAAAAACAACUCAGGCAGGCCUUGUCGUCACCACCUAUGUGUCCUUAGUAACUGUCUCCAAGCCUCUAUUUCAGCACCUCACCAAACAGAAGAGUGAUAGGCUCCUUCCCUCAGGACUAUUGUGAGAGUUGAACGUCAUCCUUGUGGGCACAUAGCUGCCUGCACUUAGAGCUUGAUAAGGCCUUGAUUAAUAGUCACCAUAAUAACUGCUUGGUGUUAAAUAAUAUGAAAGGGACAAUUUCGAACCCUUUCUCUUUACUGCUCCUUCAGAUUUUUUUGGCCAAGGUUUCCUUUAAAUCUCCCAUGGCUCUAACAGUCAGAACUUCUUGGGUUAUCAUUGUGACUAUCCUUAAAGUGCAUCUGGCUGUUGCUGUGGGCAUAGGAGGAGCAGACUGUCAUCUAGAGAUGCAGGGGGAAGGACAGGGGUCUGGUCACCAAGUGAAGCAGAAACAUGGGUGCGUGAGUGAGGCUGGAAAGCAGAGUCCUUGGAGGUCUGCCAUUCCGUCUGGCACCAGCCCAAGAUAUAAGUGAGAGACUUCCUACGCACUCUCUCUAACCCUCAAUCCAGUCUUCGGCCUGGAAUCAGUUACCCCCACUGGACCCUCUGGUUAUCUCACACGUGGUUUCUCUAUCAGUCCCCCUUGAACCACAAAUAGAGUGUUCUAGAAAGUUCCAACCCCAAAUCUCUCUAGACUCUCACCAGAUAAUAAUUUCUGCCAUUUUGGGUAAACAGAACAAGGGUCAGACAUUUCUGGUAAGAGAGUUUUGAGUUGUUCUUAUAGCAUUACAGAUAGGUUUUGUCAGAUCAUCUAACAUACAUGCAAAUGUUCCUACCAGGAAAGACUUCCCCAGUCACGAGGGGACUAGCACAGCAUGGCCUCAAGAAGAUAAACCCACAAAGAGACAUAGGAACUGUGAUUAGUGCUAAGAAGAGUCCAUGGCUCCUGGGUCCAGAUGAGGCCAGCCAGCCAGCCAGUGUGACUAACACAGGUACACCCAAGGCCUCGAUAGCCAGGUGCUCGAGCCUGGUGACAGAAGCACUCCCCGUGCCCAAGCGCAUCAUCCUGCUCUCCCAGAUUCCAAGGCUCUCUAGGAAAGGGAAGCAAACCACAGUGCAAACCCCCUGGCAUGCAAGAUCCUGGGGCCCUCGGCUCCUGACUCUGCUGCUCUGCAAGCACAGAUGGAUCGCUCAUCUGAUUGCUCAUGGUGCCUUGUGGGUUUUCACCAAUCAUAGGAACUGUGUGUGCCCUGAAUUCUAAAACCAGGACACAGAUACUCUCCAGCCAUCUCAAAGUUUCAUACUCCCAACUGGAAAACCACAGCUCAGUUGAGACUCAAAAAUGAUGGUGAGCAUAGAUUUAUAGUUUCUUGUGGCUUUCUUUCCAGUUUUGUAUAAAGUCAUAGCAGGUAGGGCCUGAUAGCUUCAAUUUUGGCCAAGGCUUUUCUUAAUUAUCCUAAAGAUUGUACAUUUAGUAGGGGUAUGGUACGUACUUUAUGUUUCUGUGAUAAAAUGCUAACCAAAAACCAACUUAGGGAGGAAAGGAGUCACCUGACUGACAGGUCAGUCCCAAAUGAAGCCACAGCAGGAACCUAGAGGCAGGAACUGUGGAGGAGAGCUGCUUGCUGGCUUGCUCUCCAUGUCUUGUUCAGUUUGCUUUAUCAUAAAACCCAGCACCACCUGCCACGGCUGUGGGGUAGGGGGGACAUCAUCAUAACGGUCUCUCCACAUUAAUCCUUAAUCAAGAAAAUGCCCGGCAGGUGUGCCAACGGCCUGGUCUAAUGAAGGAGGUUCCUCAGCUGAGAUUAUCUCUCCCCAGGUGUCUCUAGUUUGUGUCUAGUUGACAAAAACUAACUAGCAUAAAGGUCUCUCCUGUGGGUUGUUGGCACAGAAGGAGGCAUGUGAACUCUGAAGGGCCUCAGGAGUUCUAGGUGUGUGCAGAGGGACUCUUCUCGGCACUGGAAAGUUACCAUGGCAACAUGUGUCAUCUUGGUAAAUGUUUGCAGGCCUACUGAAAGCCUUUCCUUUGCUGUGCACAGGAAAUCACAGCUCUGCCAUUCAGUCUUUCAACAGCCCACGCUGGCAUCAACAAGCCCCAAACUAGUCAUUAUCUCUCCCUUCUACCCAUCUCCUGUUCCUCUCCCAGAGCCCACUGCCUCUCCACACGCACAUGUUCCCUGCCUGGUUAGUGUCUUACCUGCUUUCCAAGCCAGGUACCAGAGUCCUGCAUUUCCCCCUUCAAGCUACCUAGGAGAACUCUCCUGUGAGUCCCUCACCAGACUGGGAGCUCCCUAGGGAGCUCCAGAUGCCAUUGUCUCUGUGCCUGGCAGAGUCUCUGAGGCCUCAGAUGGGCUUCUGAGUACUGGUUGGUCACAUGAGCGGGGACACAUGGAGUCAUGGUGUGCUAGGGGGCUGUUUUUAAGUUGGACUAUCAGGAAAAUGGAGUUCUUGUGAAGAAUGAUGGCAGCACUCAGGAUCCCAGGACCUCUCUGACAGUGACAGCCUGUGUUGCAGCUUGGGAAAGCCUGCCUCUGGCCUCCCCCUCUAAGCUCCUCUCUAUUCCCAAUUGACUCUGUCAGAAAGGAACUGUGGUCUAUGAAGUGACCAGCAGGAUUCUGCAGGUAAGGCCAAUCCUCCCGCCCCACCCCCAUUUUUUGUAGUGUCCAGAUGAAGGCUGCACAAUGUGGGUUUUAGAUGCCUGCUUCAGUAGAAACACACUUUUCUACGUAGUUCUGAAACCGGAACCAUAGGUCUCUUAAAUUUUUAGUGAUAAUUUUAUCCUCUAGAUGAGGAGAAAGAGACAGCAAGGUAGAGCGGCUUGCCCUUGGUCAAACUUGGAUUGAAAUAUAGGUCUUCUAGUCCACAGAGAACAAUCUUCACUCCUCUUCAGUCUCCUAGGGGGCAGAAAAUAUUUUCUAUAUUAAGAUAUGUAACUAGGCUUUGUGUGCCAGAGUCUCCAAUGCAACUUCCCAACUCAGUUGACUUAGCCGUAAAAGUAGCCCUGGAGAAUAAUUGAAUGAGUGUAUGGGUCUGAGUUUCAAUAAAGCUUUAUUAACAAAAACAAAUAGCGGGCUGUAUUUGGCCUUCAUGCCAUGGCCAGCUAGUCUGUGCUCUAGAACUUCAAAUGGUCCAUGACCCAAGAGGAUGGGCAUCACUUGAGUGCAGUGCAGACUGUCAAGGCCCACACAGACAUGCUGGAUCAGAAUCUGCAUUCCCAGCACCCUCUCCAGUCAUGGGGAGGACUUUGCUGGUUGGCCUGGCUCCUCCCUCAACCCCCCAAAAAUGUCAUGAUAAAGUUUUAUAUACUAGAAAAAUGACGUGUGGAGAAGUUACACAGCUCAAUUGCUGGGUCUGGAUCUAGAGUCUAAGUUCUAGCUUUCCAAACAUGGAAUUCUUUCUACACCCAUCAAAGAACCUACCCUAGCUCCAGCCUCAUGGCUUUGGGUUGGCCCAUGAUCCAGUCAAAUUCGCUGGAAAUCCGAAGGGAAGCAACCAGUCUUGCUGCCUUGGCUGACUUUGGAGCAGAGGACGCCAGCUGGGUCUCCUCCUCCCCACCCCCUACCUCCUGAAACCCAGGAGAGGCUGGUGAGAUGGAAAUGUGCCAGGGAGACGCCUUACCAUCUGCAGAGGGAAACCUGCUCUCAUGGCAGCAAGCUGGAGCUAAACUCUAGCUUCAUUCCUACCUCCAGAGGUCUGCUGCUCCAAAUAGAAGAGAAGCCAGGCAAACUUCAUUUUCUACAUGCAAAAGGAACAGCUAGUCCAGGCUAGAACUAAACACUUUGUUUUGUGUCAACUGUUGUUGUUCUACGGCUUGCACCAUUUUGGUUCUCAAACCUGUCCCUGUUGUCCGCUGCAGCUUUUAAGGCAUUCAAUACCGGACGGGCGCUUCCUAAGAUCCAUCCCCACAGCAAAGCACCCUACUGGCCAUAUGCCCAGACACUGUUGUUCAGAAAUCUUGGCCAGUUUCUGUUUUGUGCAAGGAUAGUAUGUCUUAGUCAGUUGGGGCUGCUGUAAUAGAAGACCACAGGCUGAGUGGAUUAGACAGCAAAAAUUUCAUUCUCAUACUUCUGGAUGCUGGGAAGUUCAGCAUCAGGAUGCCAGGCAGUUUGGUUCCUGGCAAGGGCCACAUCCUGGCCUGCAGAACUUCUUGCUACAUUGUCAUUUGUGGGCAAAGUUCCUCUGUUAUGCCUCUUUAAGGAAAAAAAAAAGGUUACCCUCAUGAUGUCCCCAGUGCCUGCUAUCAAACUGAGUGUUGGGGCUUCAACAUAUGAAUGGGGGGUGGAGGGUAGACACAAACAUUUAAUCCAUAGCAGUAUUUGAGCUUUAUUGGGGUUUUGCUUGUUUGUCUCACUGUAUAGCCCAGGCUGGCCCAGGAUUCUCUAAAUGCUAGGAUUACUGUCAUGAGCUCUCAGCCCUCGGUGUUAAAUCAUAAUCAAUUAAUAAAUGACAUGUUAGUCUGCCAUUUAGUGACUACUUAUUGAGGAGACGAAAGGUUGUAUAUUUUACUACUUAAUUUUAUGUCUGAGGAGGCUGAGACCUGGUGGGGUUAAAACAGUAGGCUGAAAUCAUGUCAACAGUGAAUAAUCAAGCUGGACUCACACCUGGUUUCAAGUACUUAAGGAGGUCCAGUCACUGCAGAGACUGCAAUAAAAAGACAGCGUGGUCCAGCCCUUAAUCCACAAUGUCACCAGCAUGACAUUUUGCCAUAGGAUGGGUCAAGAGGUAACCUAGCAACCAUGUCAACAUUAGCAUAACAGGCAAGCAUCAUGGAGUCCCAGAGUCGUGGGGGACCACAAGAGUGUGAGACACAAGAGAGAGAAGGUUUCCUCUUCAGAAUUUGAUCCUUGGCUCUUCAGCACUAUGCCACGUGCCUAGCAGGUGAUCGAUCUAAUGAAUAAAUAAACAAACAAGAUAGAACAUAUGUGUGCGGGUCCUAGACUCUAGCAAGGAGACUGAGAGAAAGAGAACUUGAGCUAAGACAGAAUGUGGGGUUGCAACUAUAAAGCCUUAAUUUGGGAGACAGUUGAUGCAGAGAAGUAAUGGGCGGAGCCAGGAGUAGCGGUGAACACACAAAGAAUGCUACCAUGCAGGUGAGUCCUCCCCACAGAAGACCCCAGUUCCUGUACUUCCAUGCACAAGCUCAGCCUUCCCCUGCCUUCUCUCCUCCCCAUCCCAGCCUCUUCCUGAGCAAACACUUCUGUUGGCAAACUGGGCACUUUAAGCAGAGACCUGCAACUUCUUCCAGCACACUGCCAGCUCAGCCUUCUUCCCAUGUUCAGGUCAAUUCACCCACCAUUUGUUAAGCACCUAGUUAUAUUUAGCACCAUAUGCUAAAAAUAUUUUCCACUCGUCAUCUCAUGUUAGCUCCCUAUAGCGUUCCUGCCUUGGUCCAUUUUCUUCAACUAUGACACAUUGCCACAGCUCACGAUAUCCAAGAUGGAAGGAUAAGUUCUUCCUGCCCAGCUUCUCCUUAGCGGCCUGGUGAUGCCAGAUCUUGAAAUCUUUUCCAGGACUUUCUUGCUUCCUGAGAAAUCUCCCCAGCUCUGUUCUUCCCAACUCCUGCUGAUACAUGGCUCCUCUCCGGCUAAAGCGCACACUUUCUAAAACACAGAGGUUUACAGCCCUCCCUCUCCCAUGCAGCACCAUCGAAGCCCGGCUAACCCCCAAGGCACAGUCACAGAAUGAAGGGAGCCAUUUUCUCACCCUGCUCCUUACACAGGCAGGCCUGCAGGCCCUAGAAGCAGACAUGGCGUCCCUGUUUCUAUGAUUCUUUUGCAUUGACAAUGCUCAUACUGAAUGUUCUGUCUUCUGCAUGGUGGUGACAGGCCAAGGCCUCUCUGCUUUUGACCAGUCAAGAAACUGUUCUUCAUCUUAGCUGGAGAGCUCAAACAGGAUUAGGGAUAGGGUGCAUCGCCCUAAUUGAGGGAAACUGGGGCCCUGGCAUGGGAUGUGAUUUGCCUAUGGUCAUGUUACAUGGCAGAGCCCAAACCAAACAACAGUCCAUCUGGCACCUGUCAGACCAGUAUCUUCCCUCCCUGACAGCUUACCAUUCCUUUCUUCUCAGAGCCUAGCUUCUUCCUACCCCUCUCUUGGCUCAGCCAGCCUCAAAACUAACUUGCUGCCUUUGUGCCUUGAUGAAGCUUGACAGGUGUAAGACUUGAAAUCUGGGAACCAAUGUGACAGGCACACAGCACAAAAGAAGGGGUUCCCUGCAGGGAUGGAUGUCAGGUCUAUGUCUCUAUGCUUGUAGAGCUCCAGGAACAAUAGAAAACAAGGUAGAUUGCCCUCUUGUUUGCUCUGUCUGUCUCUCUGUCUCUCUUUCUCACGUGCAUGUGCACACACAAGACACUGCAGUUGUAGCUUGGAUACCUGAGGGUCCAUUGGCCCAUUUUAGUCUCUUUUUUUAGCAUAAAGAAAACAAACAUGGGGACACAUCUCUUGCCAAGAGCAAAUCCUUUCUAAGGAAACAUAACAACACUGACGGCUCUGCUUCCUGAGGGCUUCCUUCCAGUGAGAUGGGAAUUGUACAGAGCACUCGCUACCCCACCAGGAGGAUAUCAUGUCUGCCUUCCAGAGGGUUGUACUCAAAGUCCCCAAGAGAAGUGCGAAACAGGAUUCAGACCCAAGAAUGUGGCACUCGUGCUCUGCAUAGGGCUGAGAGGAAGAGAGACAGACUGUGAAGGCUUUCUGUAGGCAGCAGUGUCUCCAUGGCUUUCUCCAGGUUGUACCCCACCUUUCAGGCUGGGGUACUUGUACACUUGCUUUGAAAUGCCUUUGCCAGGAGCUUUGUUGCAUCUGUACUCAAUCCAGCUGGGGCUCAGGUGAGCUCAGUGCCCAGCUUUAGCACUGAGCUACCAAGAGCACGCAGACCAUCUCUAUGGAGAUGUGGAAGCAAGAGAGGAAGGAGCACAAGGUAAUGCCUGUCUCAGCCUCAGUGAUCGAGUCUGUAGGAAAGCCUACUGGCUUCCACUGAGCUGGUCCCACUGCCAAGCAGAGCUAGGGUGUGUCUUUCCUUUUGGAAGAGGUAAGAAGGGCCCAUGUUCCUAUCAGCACACAUUAGCUUUUGUGGAGCACAGGGACAAUGGGUGUUACUAUUUAUAGAAUACCUUUGUAUUCACUCAGUACAUCAAGGUGUGGUUUAUUAUUUCCCCACUCAUGGGUACGACUGAUCAUCUAAAUUUGUAAGUUGAAACUCUAAACUGUGAUACCUAAGAAUAUAAUUAAAAUUUGAUGCAGGCUCUUUUUUUAUAUUCUUAAAAAUUUUUUUUGAAAGUUAGUAUAUAAGUUAAUAGGUCUUGUUUGUUUCAUCUCCUAUCAGCCUGCCCCUUUUUUACUGGCCUUAAAUUGUCCCUUUCCUCCUUCCAUGUCACAUGUAAUCAUUACUCUUUUCCUUCCCUUCCCUCCUUAACUUCCCUUCCCCUCCUUUCUACUUUUAUGACCUGUGUAUAAAUACAUGCACACACACACACACACACACAUACAUACACACACACUCAGACACACACACGCACACACAAACCUGGAGUCCAUGUGGAUGGACAAGAAGCAUGUGUGAUUUGUCUUCCCACAUCUGGCUUAUUUCCCUUAGCAAAAUGGCCUCCAGUUUCAUCCAUUCUCCUGCAAAUGGCAUAAAUUCAUUCAUAUGUAAAGCUAAAUAAAUUGCAUUGUGUGUAUGGACUAUGUAGACAUCUAUAGUAAAGAGCUUCUAUAUCAUGGGUGUGCCUUAUAUCUCUGUAGCAUGUUGACAUAGCAUCCUUUGGGUAUACAUACCUACGAGUACUAUCGUUGGGUCAUGGGUAGUUUUAGAUUUUAUUUUUCAAGGCACCUCAAACAUGCAUGGGUUUACAUUCUAGAUACAUUAAGUGUUAAGUAAACACGAGGCUGUUAAGAUGAGCCAUGAUCUAAUCUCAUUGCUGUCCUUAUAUGAUAUAAAUUUUGGAGCCAUGGAGCUAACAGGGACGUGUGUACACAGAAGUUUAUCUGUGUGGUCAAGACGGCAGUGGCCUGUAAGCCAAGGAAAGGCCUCAAAGAAAGCCAACCUUGCUGGCACCUUGGCUUUAGACAUGGGUGUGGUCCCUCUGGCUUCCAGAGCUACUGGCAGGUCUAAAGUUGUGUCCCCUAGGAUACCAGGGUUCUGUCAUUGUUGUGUUCUGGCCCCUCCUCCUGAUAGUUGUUAGGACUAAGUAAAGAAAAGCAAAAUGGUGUUGAGAUAAAAUGUGGGGAGAGAGUAGAGGCACAAAAGACGGAGUGGGAUGCUCUCUUUGUCCAAAGCGUACCUUGGUUUCUGGCCUCUGCAUGGAGGUAAGAGACAGUGGGGAACACAGUCUGAUAUGCUAUUCUGAGGUCUCAUGUUGUGGUUUGUGGGCUAUGUGAACAGCACUAAGAAGCCAGACAGGUAACCGCUUAGGAGUAGUGGGGAGGAGAGAACACCGUAGCACCGGUGCUCAGCCUGGCACUUUCACACACUUCAGGGGGAGCAUUACAAUCCCUAAUUUUCACUUGAGAAAGUUGUAGAUCAAAGCAGUCAGGAAGAAACUUGCUUCUGUUCUUUCCCUGAACUCCCGUGGGCACUUUUAUUACCUCAGGCUCAACUUCUCAAACUUGAAUGUGUCUAGGAAUCUUCCAAAGGGCUUGUUAGAACACAGUCUGCUAGGCGCAACCUCCGGGAUGUCUGAUUCCACAGCUCUGAGGUGGGGCCCGAGGAUUUGCAUUUCUCACAAGUUCCCAAGUAGUGAAAAGACUGCUGGUCCAAAGACUACACUCUGGGAAGCACUGGCCAAUGGCAACAAAAGCUUAGCUAACUGGCUAGCAAACUGUAGUGCACUUUGGAAUCAUUGAGGACCGUUCUAGAAUAAAUGUGAUGCCUGGCUUGCAUGUCUGUGCAUUUUAACUGAUAGAAGCCACAACCUGGCCCCCCAGGUAAGGCUAGCAUAGAGCAAAGUUUGGCAACCACCGGCAUUGCCACACUCUUAAUUUUUUCUUACCGUUGUUCCUCAGUUGCCUAUUCCUGGGGCCACAGGUCAUCGGCCACUGAUCAGUUCCGCUCACAGUAUCUACCUGCCCACAUUUUACUCUAGUGUCUCAGAACACCUCUGCUCUAACGUCCCACAUCUCUUGUUUGCCUCCUUCCUGUCAUCCCUUUAUCUCUUUCUACAUCCAUCCCAGACAUAGCAGUACAGCAGUCACAGUUACAGUCUGCCAACAGUAGACACCACCCCAUCCUUUCUCUGGUUGACUGUGUGCCGAAGACCUUGAGGACCCUAUAAAUCAAACUGAAGGCAGAACACCCCAGAGAACCUUCUGGAGCUAUUGUUUGGUAUUUGUUACCAUGAGCAGCAUCUAAUGGAUUUUUAAAAUAUUACCUUUUGGUUUUAGUACAACUAUAUAUUUAAAGAAACACUUAGAAAAGCAUAAAGAAGAAAGAGAAUUAAUGUCAACAUAAUUAUCCAGGGUUCACCAUUGUUAAGAUUUUACUAAGAUUUUUCCUUUUCUUAUAUGCAUUGUCUUACCUCAUUGAGAGCAUGCUACCUAAGUAAACUCAUCUAUUGACAUCAUAAUUAAUCAUCAUAUAAAUAUAUUUAUGAUGAUUAAAUAUGCAUGUUGCCAUUUUAAAACAAGGUCUCACAUAGUAGCUCAGGCUUUCCUGGAUCCCACUUUGUAGUCCAGGCUGGUCUUCCCUUCCUCCCCCAGCCUCUUAGGUGCUGGGAUUAUGAGCAUGAACUACCAUACCUGGCUUGUAAAUAUUUUAAUGGAAUCAGAAUUUUCCAUCAUUGCAGAUACCAUAACUGAUUGUUUGACUGUUCCUGUGCAGGAAGAAAUGUGGUAGUGGGGUUAUUUUUUAUAAGUGAUACUACAGUACGUGUCUUUUCAGGGACUUGGGUUCUGUCCAUGAUUUCUCAUCCAAUCCCAAAAGAGUAGCAAAAGAAGCAAUGUAAAACUUUCAGACUUAUUACACUAGGCAAAUUAUUUUCAAAACCUAUUCUCCUUGUAACAUCUUGAUUGUGAAGACCAUAUACUGCAUCUUCUUUUACCAAGCCCUUGGUGGUUUGCUUGAUUCCACAGAGGACUGAAUGUCUGUCGAUGACAUGAUCAUGACAAAUAGGCAUUUAUAAAACCAAAUGCCAGAGGCUGAACAGGUUGGAACUGAUGUUGUCAUGGCUACCCUAUCCAAUGCUCCCACAUUCUCCCCUCUUCAUUUUCCAACACCAUGUCUUUUCCUCCAUUCCUAGAAUGCAAGCAAAUGUUGUGCACAAGCCUUGUUACCAAGGAAUAGUAAGGACAGUGUUGGAGGCCUGACUUGAGGGCUAUACAAUCUCAUGCAUCGUUUUAGACACUAGUCUCUAAUUAAUAAGUCUCUUUAGGGAAAAAGACUUCUGUCCUGGGUCUUCCCCUUCCUUCUUUCCCUCUGUCCUGGGUCUGUCAACCCCAUAUAUGACCAUCUCUGUCCCUGGUAUAUUCUCCUCCCAAACCAGAAAAACAGCUUGACAUUCAGCUAUCUUUGAAACGUUCUCGAUACCAAUCUCCUUCAACUUAACCACUCAGCACUAGCUUCCCACACACCCCUGACCUCACAGUUCAAUCUCAGCAUUUUCUUCACCCCAUUUUGUUUCUCCUUCUUAGACAAGACUCCUUCAGCAAUAGAAUACUUUGUAUUGCCGGUUCCUAACACAGUGCCUAGAACUUUGCUGCUAACUCAAUUUUGUGAAUGGGUGAAUGAAUCCUGCUUAACUAAGGUGCAUAGACAUUCUAUCUUAAACAUUAAUGGGUGGAGGAGUAUAAAAGAAAAUAUGAACAUGACACAAUUGCCAAACGUUCUCUGAAUCAUUGGUACCCAAGGUAAAACAGACACCUGGUAUACCAGAUGUCCCAAUUCUGGAUUCUGUGUUCUAAACACAGAACCUAAAUAUUCACUGUUGUUUGUGCCUAGACACUGCCUUACAUUCUGUUCUCUUUCAUCUUAGUACCAGACUCAAUGUAUACAUAAGUAUCUCUGUGGUGGAAAAAGAAAAGAGGAGUUGGGUGAUGACAGAUUUUUUUUUAAGUAUGACACAAAGAAAACUAAAACCUUGGGCUAUUUAUAGUUAUCACACAAGAGAAGGGCCUUUAUGCUUAGUUACUUUAGGAAAGAAUGUAGAGUAGAUAUCUUUAAGACUUUCUCAGUAGGUAUUCUAGAAAGUUGACAGAAAGAUAAUUAGGCAAUGGUAGAAAGGACCAAGAGUAGCUAAAUCCUGCAGCCAGGGUCAGGCUUAGGGCUAGGGUGACAGACAGGAGCCACCUUUGUUACACCUGAGACGGUAGAGUACAUAUGCAAAAGUAAGAUGACAAUAAUAUAAUAAGCCCCUUCCCCAACAUGUGUGCCAGCCCCUCCCCCACCUGCCCACUCCUGCUGGUGAGAUCAGCCUUCAUUACAGCUCUUCCAGAGCCAGGAAGCAAGGUACUGUGUGGGAAGUGAUGGCUGUGAGGUGCUGUGUGGGAAGUGAUAACAACUUUAAAGCCAUUCAACAGGAAAAUUUGUUAAAAGACCAAGACAUUGUAAAGCUGAAACACUUGAGUCUAUUAAGUCCCCUGUUCCUUGGAACAUUUUGUUACCAGGGCAUGUUUCAAGGAGGGAAAACACUGAGCCAUUGAGCUCUGUCAGAUACCAAAGCCUGGUAUAAAGUGCAACAUUUUCUAAGGCAUCUGCUUCUGCCACUGUGCUGAAUAACUUCUAAAAAGUUUUGCCUCCUCUUCUCGUCUUGUCUUGUCUCAUCUCGUCUUGUCUUGUCUCAUCU